UGGCCGGCGGAGGGGGCGGCGCGGCCCCGGGGGCGCCGCGCGGAGCCGGAGCCGGAGCCGCCGCCGCCGCCCCCCGAGCCCAGCAUGGUGAUGGCCGAGCCCCGGCGGCCCCCGGCGCUGCUGCCCCGCGGGCUCGGGCCCGUCCGCGUCGGCUUCUACGACAUCGAGGGCACGCUGGGCAAGGGCAACUUCGCGGUGGUGAAGCUGGCGCGGCACCGCAUCACCCGCAGCGAGGUGGCAAUAAAAAUCAUUGACAAAUCUCAGCUGGAUGCUGUGAAUCUGGAGAAGAUCUACAGGGAAGUGCAGAUCAUGAAGAUGCUCGACCACCCACACAUCAUAAAACUCUACCAGGUGAUGGAGACCAAAAGCAUGCUGUACCUCGUGACAGAGUUCGCCAAAAAUGGGGAGAUUUUCGAUUACCUGGCCAGCCACGGGCGCCUGAGCGAGCCCGAGGCGCGGCGCAAGUUCUGGCAGAUCCUGUCGGCAGUGGAAUAUUGCCACGGCAGGAAAAUCGUGCACAGGGACCUCAAAGCUGAGAACCUCCUGCUGGACAACAACAUGAACAUCAAAAUAGCAGAUUUUGGCUUUGGGAAUUUCUACAAGAGCGGGGAGCCUCUGACAACGUGGUGUGGGAGCCCCCCCUACGCAGCCCCAGAGGUGUUUGAGGGGCAGCAGUACGAGGGACCCCAGCUGGACAUUUGGAGCAUGGGGGUGGUGCUCUACGUGCUGGUGUGUGGAGCCCUGCCCUUCGAUGGACCCACCCUGCCCAUCCUGAGGCAGAGAGUGCUGGAGGGCAGGUUCAGGAUCCCUUAUUUCAUGUCAGAAGAGUGUGAGCACCUGAUCAGGAGGAUGUUGGUGCUGGACCCAUCCAAACGUUUGAGCAUUGCCCAGAUCAAGGAGCACAAGUGGAUGCUGGUGGAAGUUCCUGCCCAGAGGCCAAUCCUUUACCCAGCAGGGGAGGAGAACGAGCCCUCCCUGGGCGAGUACAACGAGCAGGUGCUGAGGCUGAUGCACAGCCUGGGCAUAGACCAGCAGAAAACUGUGGAGUCCCUGCAGAACAAGAGCUACAACCACUUUGCUGCCAUCUAUUACCUGCUGGUGGAGAGGCUGAAGUCCCACCGGAGCAGCUUCCCCGUGGAGCAGCGCGUGGACGCGCGCCAGCGCCGGCCCAGCACCAUCGCCGAGCAGACCGUGGCCAAGGCCCAAGCUGUGGUGCCCUCGGUGAACCUGCAUUCCCAAAAUCCAAGGCUGCUGCAGUCUCCAGGGCUCCCCUCAGCCUCGGGAGCAGAAACCUUUUCCUUCCCUCCCUCCAGCUGCCAGGGAGAGGCAGCUUUCAUGGAGGAGGAAAGGGUUGAGACGCCAAAGGUGAACGGCUGCCUGCUGGACCCCGUGCCCCCCGUGGUGAUGAGGAAGGGAUGCCAGUCCCUGCCCUCCAGCAUGAUGGAGACCUCCAUCGAUGAGGGGAUCGAGGCCGAAGCAGAGGCAGAGGAGGACCCGGCGCAGGCCUUCGCGGCCCUGCAGGCGGCACGAGGGGGGAAGCGGCGGCACACCCUGGCUGAGGUCACCAACCAGCUGGUGAUGGUGCCAGGCACAGGAAAGGUCUAUUCCUUGGAUGAGAACUCCUCCCUGGGCAGCAUCGACUCGGAGUACGACAUGGGCUCCAUGCAGAGGGAUCUCAAAUUCCUGGGAGAGACCCCUUCGCUGAAGGAGAUGGUGCUGAGCAGCCAGCAUGCCCCACGGGUGCCCUCCCCGUUCCUGGGGCUCAGGCCUGCCAACCCAGCCAUGCAGGCCCUGAGCUCCCAAAAACGAGAGGCUCACAACCGCUCCCCCGUCAGCUUCCGCGAGGGCCGCAGGGCCUCCGACACCUCCCUCACCCAAGGGAUUGUAGCAUUUAGGCAGCACCUCCAGAACCUGGCACGAACCAAAGGAAUCCUGGAGCUGAACAAAGUCCAGCUGCUGUAUGAACAAAUGGGAUCAGAGGAAGAGCCCUCCCUGACAUCAGCUGCCACCCAGCUGCAGGACCUCAUUAACAGCCCUGCACAGGAGGAAGGCUCCCAGCAGCAGCAGCAGCAGGAGGCUCCAGCUGCUUUCCCCAGUGGUGCACAGCCCCCACUGCUGUCCCGAAGGCAGAGCCUGGAGACUCAGUACCUGAAACACCGGCUGCAGAAGCCCACUCUGCUCUCCAAAGCUCCCAACACUUGCCAGCUCUACUGCAAAGAACUGCCCCGGAGUCUGGAACAGCAGCUCCAGGAGCACAGGCUGCACCAGAAGAGGCUGUUCCUGCAGAAGCAGUCCCAGCUGCAGGCCUACUUUAACCAGAUGCAGAUAGCAGAGAGCUCAUACCCGCGGGCCAGCCCGCUGCCCCUGCCCUGCCCGGAGGAGCUGCAGCCCCAGCAGCAGCAGCAGCAGCAGCAGCAGCAGCAGCCCCAGCCCCAGCAGCAGCAGCAGCCAGCCCAGUUCAGCCUGCAGCAGCCCCUGAGCCCCGUGCUGGAGCCCUCCUCGGGGCAGAUGCAUUUCGAGCCCUUCCUCAGGCAGUACCCCAAGGUGCAGCUGGAGCCGCCGCCCCCCAGCCCAUCCCGGCUGUCCCCCCCGGGCCAGGGCCAGCCAGCACAGCCCCUCCCGUUCCCCUACCAGACUUGUGAGCUGCCCGCUGUGCCCUCUGCCGAGCAGUGCCACCUCUCCCAGAGCACUGAGAGCCAGAGCAGCUCUGCAGAGGCACAGCCCAGCUACGACGCCCUGCCCCUGUCAGAACUGCCCGGACUCUUCGAUUGUGAGAUGAUGGAGGCUGUGGAUCCCCAGCACGGUGGUUAUGUCCUGGUCAAUUAGCACCCGGGGCAUGCUGGAAGGACAAAUGGAGAAGCAUGUGAAUUUUUGGUUGGUUUUUAAUUAUUUUUUUUUCUCCCCCGUUCCUACCCCACACCCCGUCGAAGUUUUUCGACCCUCGAAUUGACAGGGGAACUGAAAAUCCACCUGGCUGGAAGGAAAAAAAAAAAAGCAGGAGGUGUUUGGCCCCAGUGGCA